AUGACAUCUUACGUUUUCGGUGAUGCUGAGUAUCCUACCAGGAUUACAGUUUUGGGAGCCGGCUGCGAGGUUGGAAGGUCGUGCGUGUACGCAGAAAGAGGAAACUCGUGCGUUAUGUUCGACUGUGGCCUCCACCCGGCCCUUUCCGGAGUGGGAGCGUUGCCAGUGUUCGAAGCGGUGGACAUCACGAAGGUCGAAGUGUGUUUAGUAACACAUUUCCAUUUGGACCACUGCGGAGCUAUACCGUACCUGCUGUCGAAGACGAAGUUCAGAGGAAGAAUAUUUAUGACGUCGGCAACGAAGGCGAUCUGCCACCUGUUGUGGACGGACUACGCAAGAAUGGAGCAGCUGCACAGCGUUAAGAAGAUAUUCGAUCAGCCUGACGCACUGAACGACGAAGGACAAAACGAAGAUACGGAAAUGGAUGAAUUGGUGUGCGGAUCAGGAUUGUACACGUUCGACGACGUGGAGUUUGCGCUAGAUAAAAUUGAGACUAUCGACUUUCACGAGGAGCUGACAGUGAAUAACAUAAAGGUGUCAUGUUACAGAGCAGGCCACGUGCUAGGAGCGUGUAUGUUCCUGGUGGAGAUCGACGGAGUGAGGAUCCUGUACACAGGAGACUACUCAGUGGAGAAGGACAAGCACCUGCCGAGCGCAGAAAUACCGCUGAUCAACGUGCACCUGCUUAUCAGCGAGAGCACGUACGGGAUCAGAGUGCACGAGGAGCGCGGGCAGAGAGAGUCGAGGUUUAUGCACGUGGUCCUGGACAUAAUAAUGAGGGAGGGAAAGUGCCUGCUCCCAGUGUUCGCACUGGGAAGGUCGCAGGAAAUACUGCUGAUCCUGGACGAGUACUGGGCGAACAACAGACAGCUGCAGAAUGUGCCGAUCUUCUACAUUUCGCCCCUGGCGUCGAAGUCGCUGAAGGUGUACGAGACGUUUGUGGGACUGUGCGGAGACUACAUAAAAGAGAGCAUAUACAACGGACAUAACCCAUUCAACUUCAAGUUUGUAAAGUACGCAAGAUCAGUGAGGCAGAUAAGGAACUACCUGCUAAGAGAAGGACCAUGCAUCAUCAUGACGUCGCCAGGAAUGCUGCAAGGAGGGCCAUCAUUGGAGGUUUUUGAGUUAAUAUCGCCAGAUAAUCGCAACGGAGUGGUCCUGACAGGGUACACAGUGAAGGGAACACUGGCAGACGAGUUGAAAAAGGACCCUGAACUGAUAAACCUAGGAACGAAGGUGAUAAAGCCUAGGUGCAGCGUGGAGCAAAUAUCAUUCAGCGCACACGCAGACUAUAAUCAAACGAAGGAGUUCAUAAAAAAACUAUCAGUGCCAAACGUAAUACUGGUGCACGGAGAACGAGGAGAAAUGAAGAGAAUGAGGGAUAAGUUGAUAGAGGAUAUACCGCAGUUGACGGUGUUUAUGCCCGAAGUUCUGCAAGAAGUGACACUGAAUUUCACACAGAAUAGAUUCGUGGACGCAGUGGGAUCACUGGCGUCGGACUUGAACGGAGUGGUAAACGAUAAGAAGACGAAGAUCAGCUCAGGUGAUACGGUAUCGACGGUGUUGGUAAAGGACUCGGACAUGAAGAUGAUGUAUUCCACGGAACUGGACCAGUUCAGUAAGCUGAGCAUAAGUUCCCUCAACCAGAAAAUGACUCUUAAGUUCCCUCACAGUUUAGAACAAAUGAAAAAGGCACUAGAAUCAGUGUACAGUGAAGUGAAGAACGUGUCGAAGCAUGAGUUGUCAGUCUUAAAUCAAGUCCAAGUAGAAGUAAACGAGGGGAAGCUGACGCUGAAAUGGAAAGCGGGACCAGUAUCAGAUUUGAUAGCAGAUAGCAUUAACCUGAUGGCAAUAGAGAUGAUAUCGGACGUUAAAAGAGUAAUGAAACAGGCGGAAAUAAAUAAAAUGAUAAACCAGAAGGAAAUAUUCGUAAAUGUGUCGGAAAUACAACUGGUACAAAAGUUCGGGAAUCCGACGGAGGUAAAGCAGGAAUCUGAAUCUAGUAAAACAUUACACUUUGAUGUGAAGGACCCGGAAAAUGAAAAGGUCACAUACGAACUGGUAGUCGACUUGGGAAAGAGAGAAGUAAGCGAGAAGAAGUAA